AUGCGUGUCCCGGCGCUGGCGGCGGUGGCUGCUCGCUGGCCGCGGUGCCGCAUCGCCUUCCCUUCUCCAGCUGGGCUGUGGAGCGCGCCUGUGAGGGACUAACUUGUGUAUGUGGAAGGCAGUGCAAUGGCUGUCACAGUAAAAGAAUGCCUGGAGCUCCAGCUGCUGGAAGUGGAAAUGCUGCGUUCAAUGUUUCCCAAAAAAGGUGAAAUAAAUCUGGAUGAGGAUGCUGUGCCCGGCGUGCAGCGCUACCUGAGAAACGCUGAUGGAGCUCUGCCCCCACAGCUCGAAUAUUCAAUCGCUAUUGAUGUAGGGGAGGCAAAGGUAAAAGUGGAAUUGCAGGUACUGCUGCCUCAUAUGUAUCCUCACGUAGCUCCUCAGCUUUUUGCAAGAUCAGAUGCACUGCACAGACAGCAACAGUUGCAGCUCAACACUGGUCUCGCUUCUCACAUCAGCUCUUUGGAUUCAGGUGAACUGUGUAUAUAUGAAGCUGUGCAGUGGGUGAAAGACAACAGCCUGCCUUACCUGGAAAACAGUAAGAUCUCUCCUGAAAGUGCUUCAGAAGAAGUCGUAGUUAAAGAAACAUUGCAUCGCAUGUGGAUCUACAGCCAUCAUAUAUAUAGGCAGGAAUUGAGGAGAAAGAUUUUUGACUGUGCAAAGAAGUUAAAUCUGACUGGCUUCUGCCUAACAGGGAAACCUGGUGUGAUCUGUGUGGAGGGACUCCGAGAAAACUGUGAAGAGUUCUGGCGUGUUAUUAGGUAUCCCAACUGGAAGCAUAUUUCAUGCAAGCAUGUGGAGAAUAUAGAAACAGAGGGAGGCAUCGAUAAUGUUCGUCUCUUUCGUGCUUUUGAAGACCUGCAGUUUCAGGCACAUGGUGAUUAUGGCCUAAGGAAUGACUAUCACAUGGAUCUUGGCCAGUUCCUAGAAUUCCUGAAACAACAUCAAAGUGGACACGUUUUUCAGAUUUUAUUUGGUGUCGAAGGCAAACUUUCAGACAAAUAAGAGAAACUGUGUAAGGAGUUCUAAUUUUGGACAGCAAGAGAUGACGCUAACAUUGAAAUGUUGUGCCUUAUAGCUACUGUGAAAAGGGAAACUGUUUAACAUACGAGAAGAAUGGUUCAAGUAGUUAAUCUUAGCCUCUGUUCUGAAUUGCCACAUAUUUUUGAGAGGUGUUUACUUAUUUUCUGAGACCCUAAAAUUGGCAUUUGUCACUAUGAGCCACACCUCAAAGUACUUGCAAGGUGAUAAACAUCCCACACUGUAGUAUCCUGAACGCUUCUGUCCCCUCAUCUGUACUGUGCUGUGUGUUACUAAGCUGCGGUGCAGACCUGUAGUUAACUUCUACAUACAGUUGUGGGAUACCAAAGUGGCUGCAGUCACAGAAUAAUGUGGUGUCCAAUACAAAAGCACACCCAGCUCAAGGAAAUCGCACCGCUACAUUCAUGACUUUUAGUGCAUGCAGUGUCUUUUACUGCUUCACAAAGCAUCUGCUCUCACUUCAUUCAACCAGCCCAUGAAAUGCAAAGGCUUGUGUCCAACCACAGGACCAAGUUUUGCUUUUAAAUAAAGGGCAAGGGGAAGGAGAAAGAAGCCCACAUCACCCCAUCCCUUGUAUGCUUUGGGUAGUACCUAUACAGUUAUAUUGCCAAUACCACCAUUUCUGCAAUCCUUUUCCUAUCAUCUCAUUACAGUCUGGUUAUGUUAAUAGUAAUUUUUCAGCCACUCAACUCAUGGCAUGUUAUAUUUACAUUAUUAGGCCAAGCACCUUGGAAAUGAAAACGUGUAAGAUGAGACAAAGUUUAGUGUUUCCUCUGUUUUUCCCCUGCAUAAGGAAAUACAUGUAAAAU